UGCGCGAAGGGAAGGAGUGGGGAAGCUAAGGGAAGACUUGAACUGGUCUUUAAGUCUUGUAUCAUACUGCGGAUGCUCCAGAGUUUUGACUUCUUGUUAGAGCGGCCAGCCAAGGAGCCAAAUGUGUAUUAAUACGCCAGCAUCGCGCCGGUUACGGUACCUUGAUUCCAAACGCGAGUUGACAUCGACACAGAGAGAUCGACCAGUCCCAGAAGAAAGAGAGGAAGAAACCAAGGGCGGAGCAGCAGGCUGGGAGAGGGAGAGAGCAGGUCAAUAGAACAAUGGGGCGAGGUCUUCUGGAGGUUCUUCUUGUUGACGUCAAGGCACUCGCCGGCAACGAUUUCCUGGGGAAGCUAGACCCGUAUGUGGUCGUGCAGUACCGGAGCCAGGAGCGCAAGAGCAGCACUGCCCGAGACGAGGGGAGGGACGCGAGCUGGAACGAGAAGUUUAAGUUCCAAAUCAACUCCACCUCGGCCAACGCGCAGCACAAGCUCAUCUUCCGGAUCAUGGACCACGACAACAUGUCCAGCGACGACUUCCUCGGCCAAGCAACGAUCAACGUAGCUGAUCUAAUCAGCAUAGGCAUGGAGAAAGGCAGGUCGGAGAUGAUCCCGGCCAAGUACAGAGUGGUCACCGCCGACAACUCGUACCACGGCGAGAUCAAAGUUGCCGUCACCUUCACCGCCAAAAAGGCCGAAGAAGACGGCGAGCAGGUUGGAGGCUGGAUGGACAGCUUGGAGGAUUAGAAGGUGCGAACUAGGACACAAAGCUAGAAGCUAGAGCUCGUUUGCUCGACUGGCUUUAGUAACGAACCAAUAAGAGUAAAUUUUUUGUUUGCUCUUUAAUGUUACGAGCUAAAAGAUCGAGCCGGCGAGUCUCGCGAGCUACUCGCUACGAAGCUGUGUGUACGGGUUAUGGGAAGAAUAUCCUGCCGUGUCCUUCGGUUGUAAUAUUAGUGGUCGAUCCAUGUUGCAAUAUUGUAUAGUUACUGUGCAAUGUGUUCCGCUUUUGCAUAUGGCUGAUGCCAUCAGUUAUUAGUGUAUGUAAGUUGCAUUUGUAGCUCUCUAGAUGUAUAUAUCAAAUGUAAAGUAAACGAAAAUGUCAAAUGAAUGGAUCAAUUCGUGUUCUCUUUA